UCGUGGCCGAACCCGCUGCAGCCCGCUCUGGCUCGCCGGGCAGCCCGGGAGCCGGCAGGGGCCGGGCGUCUCCCCCCGUUCCGGGGCGCUCUCAUCCCCCAGGGGGAGGGGAAAUCGCUGGGGGUCCCCUGCAGUGCGAAGUUUGUUUUGCUUAAGAGGCUUUGAUAAAACCAUAAUAAAUAGAACAACCUUUGGUAACAUCUUGCCACUUUGCAACAUCGUCUGGCAGGCCCGCUGAGAGUGACUGAUUUCUGCAAAUUAGCGACUAUUCCUUAUUGCCGUUGCGAACCCUGAUGCUUUUUGGAAUGAGCGCGUGCGGCAGGAAGGCUUUGACUCUGCUCAGCAGCGUGUUUGCUGUCUGCGGCUUGGGGCUUUUGGGAAUUGCGGUGAGCACCGACUACUGGCUCUACCUGGAGGAAGGAAUCAUCCUGCCCCAGAAUCAGACCACCGAAAUCAAAAUGUCGCUGCACUCUGGCCUCUGGAGAGUCUGCUUUUUGGCAGGUGAGGAGCGUGGCCGGUGUUUUACUAUAGAGUAUGUCAUGCCCAUGAACGUCCAACUGACAUCUGAAUCGACAGUCAAUGUUCUAAAGAUGAUUCGUUCUGCUACUCCUUUCCCUUUGGUCAGCCUCUUUUUCAUGUUCAUUGGGUUUAUCCUGAGCAAUAUUGGACACAUUCGGCCUCACAGAACCAUCCUGGCCUUCGUAUCGGGAAUCUUCUUCAUUUUAUCUGGUUUAUCUCUGGUUGUGGGGCUGGUGUUGUACAUAUCCAGCAUUAACGAUGAGAUGCUGAACCAGACCAAGGAUUCAGAGACUUACUUCAGUUAUAAAUAUGGAUGGUCAUUUGCUUUCUCUGCUAUCUCUUUUCUUCUCACAGAGAGUGCCGGUGUGAUGUCAGUCUACCUGUUCAUGAAACGAUACACAGCCGAGGAGAUCUACAGGCCCCACCCUGGCUUCUACCGUCCCCGUCUUAGCAACUGCUCUGAUUACUCCGGGCAGUUCCUGCACCCAGAUGCCUGGGUGCGUGGACGCAGUCCUUCCGAUAUUUCCAGUGAUACGUCUCUUCAGAUGAACAGUAACUAUCCUGCCCUGCUCAAAUGUCCCGAUUACGAUCAAAUGUCCUCUUCCCCAUGUUGAAUGGCAGUUAACCCCAUUAUCUACUUGGGAUUAAGAGCAAGCAGCUGCUGAGUCCUGACUCGGUCAUUUUUAGGCUACUCUUUCAGGACAGUCCUCUAUUUAUAUGAUCAUACGUGGUGUUAAUCAUUGCCUAGAGAGUGCGCGUGUUUCUUGGUUUUUUUUUUUAAUGUUGCUUACCCUGCAUAUCUGAAGUACAUCUAACAUCCUGAUCCUCCAGCCAUUCCGCACACCCAGCAAGUAGUAGCUUUGGAUGUGGAAUAGACCCAGGAUUGGGCUUAGAGAGGGUUUGGUAUCAGAGAAUCACCAGUAGCAAAAACAUGUUUCUUGGCAGAUGGCACAAGCUUGUGUGUUUUGUAUCGUUUUACUGUAGAUUUAUUGGCAUGAACGAGACAUGUACAUUUCUAAAUAUUGGUAUUCAUUGGAAAAGUAAAAUUGCAUCUUGAUUUGACUUUCACGCUGAUGGACCACCAUUGCUCGGCAUUGUUUCUAAGCAGGCCACAGUGAUCAAUAGGAUGAUCAAUCACAUCCUUGACAGCUAUACCUCAGGGGAUUUUUAAAGGUCUAUAACUGAGUGAGGUUCCCAUUGAUUUUCUGUGGGAGCCAAGUCUCAGAAGGGUAGCUCUGUUAGUCUGUAACUUUAAAAACAACGAGUUAUCCUGAGGUACCUUAGAGACUAAGAAAGAUAUAGGAUCAUGAGCUUUUGUGGGUAAAACCCAUUUCAUCAGAUGAAAACUUUCAUUUAGGGCUUUUGGCAAAUCACAUCCAAAACCAUUCAUGUUAGACCCUCCGUCCAAUAUGAAGGUGAAAACUUUUGACAUCAGAAAGGCAAAUUCUUUAAACAAAGGGUCAGAGCCUUUGCUGGCAUAAACUGUCAUAGCUCUGUAGAAGUCAGUGGUGCUCUGCUGAUUCCCCCAAUUGAAGAUUUGACCCAAGUCUUUUAUUUCACAGACGAUGGUAUCUAUUAUUUCAAGCUUGAUUAAUUUUGCAGCAUAUCUUAUUUGGGGAACUCGUCAUUCGUGAAAAAGUCAGUGUUAUACACAUUGGUCUUGGAGGACUGAGAGCUACCAGGAGGUGAAUAUCAGUCCAUUUCUAAAUGAAGUUUGGACAACAGAAGGUGAAAGUCCAUUACUGGUGUAAAAAAACCCACAAGAUUAUUGAAAAACCUGUGUUAGAAUGUUUGGUUUCUACUCUUGUUGAUUUAACAGCAUCAGAAAAGUCCUACAAGUGUUUUUGUAUAUUAUAUUUGAGUUUAAAGUUUGUGCUAAAUGUAAUGCGCACUGACUUUCAACCUUGUUACAAUGCAUUUGUAAUGACCCUUGAAGCAUUAUUUACAAAAUAUUCCACAGUAUGACCCCCACAGUCUGAAUCUGGAACCAAUAGCAAAGAUCCAUGAGUGUACUGAAAUCUGUGGGACCCCUGCACAGCUAUAUGGGCCUGUGUUUGCCAGUCCUGAUGCAGUAUCAGAACUAAUUCUGUCCUCCUGCUCCAGAUAAGAAAUGUAAUGUACAUACUGUCUCCAUAUCCCCUGGAUAAUUUGCUUAGUUUUAAAACCAGGGCAUCAUUUUGUAUACUCCAGAAUUUGUAAAUACGGUUAUAUUUAUCUCUAAGUUUUUAUAUUCUGUCUCUUAAGGCGUCUGUUUCUCAUUUUAAAGAAUAAUUUAUAUAUUUAUGUAAUAGAUUUGUUUUAGGCAUAUUUAAGCAUUAAAAAACAACAGCAAAAAACUGUUAAAUUAGAGCUUGAUAUUCAUUGUGUAUAAAUAGAAAAUGACCUGUUCAGUCCAGAUGAAAGGUUUAAAAGCUGAGCUGCCUGCAAACACAUAUGCUCAUUGUCAGGAAAGCAGCCGUCUUCAGAGCAGUCAUUAAGCAUGUACUUAAAUUCCAUCAGAUCCCCAGUGGAUGGGACUUCAAGUGCUUAGUGUGGUCUUGGAUAGGGAUGGACUUAAGCACAUGCUUAAGUGCUAUUGUGAAUCAAGGCCACCAGUAAUCUCCUGGAAAUCAAUGGAACUACUUAUGUGAUAAAGUGUUCCAUGGGUGUAAGUGUUUUCAGGGUUGGGGCUUUAGUAAGGAGCCAGGUUAUGACUCAUGCCUUUGCUGUUUUGUCAGUUUUCAGACUUUAAUUUUCAAUCUGGUUAACGUUUGGGUAGACUUCCAAUGUACCGAGAGCAUUUAGAAUAGCACUGUUUUUACCGAUACAAUGUUUAUAAAUUGAUUAAAUCAGUUUGAUG